AUGUUUCAGGAUCCUACUCUUAACUUAAGAUGGAAUGGAUGGGAAGAUCAACUUUCUGGUGUUGCCCGGUAUGCGUGGGAAAUAUUUCAACUCAAAGCAAAUGGCGAUGAGGAACUACGUGAGCAAGUUCCACUUGGUCCAAUUAAAAUAGCAGAAGUUAAUCAUUCGGGUAACAUAGAUUAUCCUAGCUACACUUUAACUGAACCCGGUCUGUAUUCUAUCAUAUUACAAGUUGCUGAUACAGCCAAUAAUUCUGUCUAUAUUCGACGAUUUUGUCUUUACGACCCUAACUCUAAUAGUAAUAUUCAACUAUCGGAUGACCCAAAUACACGCUUGCGAGUUACGUCUGCUUCCCCUGAAUCUAACUUCACCUGGCAAGGAAACAUGGACGGCAUUAUUAGAGUUAACUGGACAAACUACUUCUUUAACGAAUUCGUCGAGAAGAAUCAUUUAUUAAAUAAAAUCCUUGACUACCCACUUCAAUUUCACGGCGAAGACAAAUCAGAAGAAAAAUAUAUAGAUGAAAAAUACAAAAACAUUGCUGGGCGAACCCAACAAGCUGUUCCCAAUACCCGAGGAAUUACAAAGUUUCAGAUUGGACAUCAUCGUGACAGCAACGGUGGCAAAAACAAACCAGCCGAACUGAAAUUUUGGGACAAUUUAACAGAUCCGAUUUCUACUAUCCAGACGUUAAACAUUUCUGUAAGUGAUGGCGACACAGUAAUUGUAUAUGUCAAAGCUAUUGAUGCCACCGGGAGGGAAAAGAUAGAAUCGACUCAAGUCAAUUUUGAUUCAACGCCACCCGUUGUUACAACGUUAGAAUUUCAACAUUCUCCAGACUCCCCGGACAAGACCUCUAGGUAA